AUGAGUGGGUAUACACGAUGGUCACGACAUGGUGAAUUGUUAAUUGAUCAUGAUACAAUUGUUCCAGAGUGUAGUAAUGAUGAGGCUGGUGAUCAUUUGGAUAAUGACAGUUGUGAUGGUUUAGAUGACAUGUUGCAUGAUCUCGAGGAUAAUGUUGCGGAAAAAUAUCAUCAAAAAUUCCAACAAUUGUUUGAAGACUCUGAAAAACCAUUGUAUGUUGGAUGUACAAAAUUUACCAAACUUUCAGCCGUUCUAAAGUUUCUUAACUUAAAAGCAAACGAUGGUUGGAGUGAUAAGAGUUUCACAAGCCUAUUGGAGAUAUUGCAUGAAAUGCUUCCCGAAGAAAAUGAGUUACCUAUUUCAUUAUAUCAAGCGAAGAAACAUGUGUGCUCAAUGGGAUUGGAAAUUGAAACCAUGUUUGAUUCAAUGCUUGAAACACAUGGUGGGAAUAAAGUGAACAAAUGUGCUUUCAUUUCCCCGAGUGAGAUUCAGGCAACGAUAUACGAGUCAAAUGGUGAGGAUGUUGUAAGUUACAUUGUUGAUGCAAUGCGCUUCCAUAAAGACAAACAAUUUUUUGUCGCACCCUAUUGGCAAGGAUUGCAUUGGAUGCUGCUAGUAAUCUGCCCUAACCAAGGCACAGGGUAUAUCUUGGAUUCCCAAAAAAAUCCGGAUGAGAAGCCCGUGGAGAACUACAUAGUCGUGAAAUAUGUCGAAGAGGUUGUUGCAAGGCUUAAGGAAGAUACCGACACAACACAUCCAAAUAAUUGGACACUUGUCGAGGUUUGUUGUGUUUUGCUCAAUAUCUUCGUUGAUUCAUCUUACUGCCUCGCUAUUCAAUCCUUUAUCUUUUUUGUGGAAGAAGAAGAAGCCCCCGAUUUCCCGUCAUCGGCAUCAGGCCUUUUAAGCAUCAGCUAUUUCAGGUCAAAGCAAAGGGAGCGCAUCAAUAGCAGAUCCUAG